AUGGCCAAUAAAUCGUCGAGCGAGUUCGAUCUCCGAAGGAAGCUAGUGGUUGGAUUGAUGCACACAAAGAGCCCUCCAGCAACUCCAAGUUCACCAAAAACACCAACUUCGACCUCUUCUUCUCAUGACCAGCCGAUGUUCGAUGUUAUUGGUGAAAGACCAACAGUGAAGCGCCACAAGCAGCUGGCACAGAUUGGCAAAACAAAAUCGUGUGGUGAAAUAAAACAUAUGGAGAGACGUUUGAUAAAGACUUAUCAAGAAGAAAACAUCAUAAAGAUGCCUAGCAUCGACUCGGAACUCACCAACCUUGACUUAAACAGUGACCGAUCAUUAUUGGAUGUGGAGGAGCUUGUGAAGAGCCGCACCUACGAAGUGUCUGAAGAUCAGAAGAAGAAGGAUGUGUCGUCGUGGCUCGAUAAGCACUCCUAG